AUGGAGCAGUAUGGAUCGGAGGACGAGGAGCAGGACACGCCGCUGCUGCACGGAGACAAAGAAAGAUGUGUCCAAAGAGCUCCCGUCUGCUGCUCCGCCCGCUAUGGUCUGGCACUGCUCUCUUCUUUCGGGUUUUUUGUGGUUUACUCUUUACGCGUAAACCUCAGCGUGGCUAUGGUGGACAUGCUGAAUGAUACAAGCCACAAGACCACCAACUCCAGCAGCUCCGUGUGUCCAGCGCACGCGGACCCCCCAAGACCCCAAAGAAACCACUCUGCCAGUGUGUAUGACUGGGAUUCUGAAACUCAAGGCUGGAUCCUUGGCUCUUUCUUCUAUGGCUACAUCUUGACUCAGAUCCCCGGGGGAUACCUCGCAGGGCGCCUGGGACCCAAAUGGCUCCUCGGCUUUGGCAUUUUGGGGACUGUCCUCUUUACGAUGCUCACACCCAUAGCUGCUGACUGGGGGGCUGGCUACCUCAUUGCUGUGAGAGUAAUAGAGGGAAUAGGAGAGGGCGUUACGUUUCCUGCAAUGUACACGAUGUGGGCCGCAUGGGCUCCACCUCUGGAGAGAAGUCGACUGCUGACGAUUUCAUAUAUAGGAGCUCAACUUGGAACAGUAAUUGCUCUUCCACUGUCUGGGGAAAUCUGCUUUUACUUGGAUUGGACCUAUGUCUUCUAUUUGUUUGGGGCAGUUGGAUUGUUGUGGUUUGUCUUGUGGUCAUUACUUGCUUUUAAUACUCCAAAUGAUCAUCCAAGGAUUUCAGAGCAAGAGAGACUGUAUAUCAGCUCCUCUCUUAAAAACGAGUUGUCCACCUCCACAGACCACAUUCCCUGGAGCUCCAUAGUGACAUCAGUGCCACUUUUGGCAAUUAUGGUGGCUCACUUCUCCUACAACUGGACUUUUUACACGCUUCUCACUCUGCUACCAACCUACAUGAAAGAUGUUCUUGGGUUCAGUAUCAAACAAAACGGGAUGCUGUCGGCUCUUCCGUACAUCGGCUGUGCCACGAUAGCGGUGUUCAGUGGGCAGCUUGCCGAUUACCUGAGAGAAACUCGCCACUGUCCAACAGUCUGGGUUCGAAAGAUUUUUUCACUUGUGGGCAUGAUUGGGCCGGCCAUCUUCCUGGUGGCAGUUGGAUUUACAGGCUGUAACUACACAUUGGCUGUGACUUUUCUGACCAUCUCCUCUUCGUUGGGCGGAGUGUCUGCGUCCGGCUUCAAUAUCAACCACCUCGACAUUGCUCCAUCGUUUGCUGGAAUUCUUCUUGGAAUCACAAACACUUUUGCCACAAUUCCUGGAAUGGUUGGACCUGUUAUAGCCAGAUCACUUACUGCAAAUAACACCAUGGAGGAAUGGCAGACUGUCUUCUACAUCGCUGCUGCAAUAAACGUGUUUGAAGACAGAGAAGAUACUCCCGUCAACACUGGGAAGAAACCGGUGCAGGCCUCUUCUCAAGACCCUCCUCCAGGAUCCUCAACUCAUGUAAAAGUUAUCGAACCACUGCAUACUGGCAGCUAUUAUGAAAAUUUGAAGAUAUCCAACCCAGAUGAGUUUGAUAUAAUGUUCCCAAUUCCCAUUAAACGCAUAAACAUACAACCCUUUAAAGAAGAUGGAGCGUUUUACAUCGCGUCAUUAAAACGUGAUACACAUAGCCGUCUACAGGAAUUUCAGCAAGGUGUGGAUAAACCAUUACCAGCAAGUAAAAUACUGCAGAAGUUUAGAGACGAAGUCAUUUGCAGUGUCCAAAACUUUACAGGUGCCAAAGUGAAUAUUUACAGGAAAAAGAAAGGAUGCCCUGCUGUGACACUAAAUUUUACAAAUGAUGGAAUGAAAAUAGAGACUUGGCUCGGCGGAAAAGUAAAGAGGAACUACAAAUACAAGCCAUACUAUCUUGUGCCAAAAUAUGAGGGCAGUGGCACAGUUGAAAGCAAUGGCAUUUCUGCUAAAGAUUCCUGGCGUAUUUCCGUUUCCCAUGUUGAGAAAGAAAUCCUGACAAAUCAUGGCUCAGAAAAGACAUGCUGUGAGAAAGAUGGUGCCCGCUGCUGCAGGAAGGACUGUGUGAAGCUGCUUAAGCAUCUUCUCAGCCUCUUGAAGGAACAGGACAAAUCGUUUGACAAGUUCUGCUCAUAUCAUGUGAAAACAACCUUCCUACACGCAUGCUGCUCCAGGCCAAAAGACAGUCAAUGGGCAGCAGCCGACCUGGCACUGUGCUUUGAGCAACUGCUUGAAGAUUUUGAAAACCACUUGAAAAGAAGGCAGCUCAGCAAUUUCUUCAUUCCCACUCAGAAUCUGCUGGAUGGCUGCAGUCAGAAAAACUGCAACCUUCUUGCACUGUGCAUCAAUAAGGAAAAAAAGGAAGGCUUUCCUAUAUUCAAAGGCUAA